AUGAAUAAGGAACAAUUCCAAGAAUUUCUACAAUUACAAAAAAAUCAGCAACAACAGAUUUCGGACAUUUUGCAACAACUUGUGUUGCAGCAACGACCAGCAGUGGAGCUCCCCACGCCAGCAACACCUGCCACGGAACCUACCAGCUCGGCAAGCAGCAACAAGUACACAAUUAUUAAAAGUUUCAAAUGCGACACUUUUAACCCUGCGACUGUAUCGGUAGAAAAAGUUUUAGAUUUUUUCGAAGCCAAAUGUGACAUAUGGGCCGUAAGUGAUAAUGACACAAGGAAAGAAUUAUUAUUUUCAUGUAUGUCUCCUGAGAUAUUUCACGACCUAAAAAUAGCACUCGUUCCUAACUUUGGAAACAGUUCCUACAAUGACAUUAAGUCUAAACUACUCGAUUUACAUCGAACUAAAGUUACGAGGUAUAAAGCACUAACUGAAUUUUGGAGUUGCGUACGAGCCCACAACGAGACUAUGGAACAGUAUGCUAACAGGCUAAAGAAACUCGCCAGCGAUUGUGGCUACAAGGACACAAUGUUUCAACGUCAAUUGCGCGAUCGAUUUGCUAGCGGCUUAAAUCAACCUCAACUAGAAGUGGACCUAAAACAGAAAUGGCCAGACCUUCAAGAGACUUACGACGGAAAACUUAUAGAGGUUACUUUCGAUCAAUUCUUUGCAGUAGCUCAGUCCAGAGAGUUAGCAGAAGGUGAUGCUGAUAGUAGCAUGCCCGCUACCGCUAAUAAAGUAAAAGCAAGAACAAGUACAGGACGUCACUAUAAACAAUGUACGUUUCUACGCAAACUAAGUCCAAACCAGUGCCGUCGAUGCGGUGCACAAGAGAGACAUAGGCUAAACGUUUGCAAGGCAAAAGACCAUACAUGCGAUGAAUGCCACGUACAAGGUCAUUUUGAAAGUUGCUGUAUAAAGUCUGGUAGAGGAUAUUUAGCGAGCACCGCGACAGAAAAGAAACAACCAACCAAUUAUAGUAACAAACUGCAUAAAAUUAAGAACAAUGCACACAAUGAUGGAAGUUCGUCACAGUCUUUUGACACGAGUUCUGAUGAAAGUGAUGAUGUCGUCAAGGUUGAACGCAAGAGAAACAAGGACAGCAAGAGAAUUGAUGUAACCGUCAACGGUGUCAGUUGCACAUUCGAUUGGGACCCAGGAUCCGUGUACUCCAUUAUUAGCACAAAUUUCUGGAAGCGGAUCGGAGAACCCUCUCUAACCAAGGCACCGAAGCUACGAGCUUAUGGGAACCUUAAGCUCAAACCAAAAGGUCUCACAGACGUAACCGUUGAAAUCAUGGGAGAGCGGAAAAUAUUACCUGUUGUGGUUAUGGAAGACGCCAAUCCAAUGCUUUUUGGCCUCCAGUGGAGCGAGAUGUAUAAAAUGACAUUCCCAGAGCCAGUCUAUUCGGUUAAACCCGUUCAACACACCACUACGCUUAAACAGGUACUAUCAACCUUUUCAUCCCUUUUUGAUAAUAAACUAGGAAAAGUUAAAAAUUAUGAAGUCCUGAAUUAUGAACAUGUCCCUGCUCGACCAGUUAAGUUUUCCAUGCGUAAAAACAUAGAAAUUGAACUUCAACGUUUAGUUGACGAAGGAAUCGUGACUAAAGUUAAUCCAAAUGUCACGCCAUUAGAAUGGGCUACACCCACAGUGAAUGUCGUAAAAACAAAUGGCCAAAUCCGAAUUUGCGGUGAUUUUCGUAGCACUAUUAAUCCUGUUAUUGUCACUCAUUCUCACCCAGUCCCACUCUUUGACCAGCUACGACAAAAUCUGGCAAAUGGAGCCAAAUUUUCGAAAAUAGAUUUAAGGGAUGCGUACUUGCAAUUUGAAAUAGCUCCAGAGUCGAAACAGUACCUGACAAUCUCUACGCACAAAGGAUAUUAUCAAUACAAUAGGAUGCCAUUUGGAAUCUCAACAGCUCCUUCAAUUUUCCAACAUUACUUGGAUGAACUUUUGGACGGUGUACCAAAUGUCGCAGUGUAUUUUGACGACAUUGCCUUAACAGGGAAAAAUGAUAUUGAACACCUCCAAACGCUAUCGACCGUGUUUAGCAAACUAGAUAAGGCGGGCUUAAAAGUCAAUUUAAAGAAAUGUUCAUUUUUCCAGACAGAGAUUGAAUACCUAGGGCACACAAUUACUAAAGACGGAAUUAGGCCGACGAAAUCGAAAAUUGAUGCAAUAAUGAAAGCGACACCGCCCACUAACGCCCAAGAACUGCGGUCGUUCUUAGGUCUUAUAAAUUUUUACGAGAAAUUUAUUCCUCACCUACAUAGUGUCUGCGCAGAUCUGCAUGCAUUGACUGGUGGUCGCCGGAAGUGGCAAUGGACCGUCAAAGAAAAUACGAGUUUUAAGAACGCAAAAGAUCAUAUUAGUAAAUCGAAACCGCUUGUUGCUUUUGACGAAAAGCGCCCAUUGUAUUUAGCCUGCGAUGCCUCGGGAAAAGGUGUGGGUGCCGUCCUAUAUCAUAAAUCGGCAGACAAAAUUCAACCUAUCGUUUUUGCUUCAAGGAAACUAAGACCAGCGGAAACUAAAUAUUCAGUUAUUGACCGAGAAGCUUUAGCAAUAUUUUUUGGAAUCCAAAAGUUUGAUCAAUAUUUACGUGGUACCAAAUUCAUACUUAGCACUGAUCAUAAGCCAUUGAUUCACGUUUUGGGGCCACAACGUAACUUGCCGAAGAUUGUCAAUAACCGUCUAGUGCGUUGGGCUUUAAUCAUUGGAGGGUAUGACUACGAUAUAGUUUUUACAAAAGAGCAUCUAAAUUUUAUGGCUGAUUUUCUUUCUAGGAUGCCCAAUCCAGAAGAUAAACCGUCUAAUGCAGAAUUGACAGUACACAGAGUGGUAGCUCAGUUGCAGCAUGAAAGAGUUUCGGAUAUUGCGUUAACAGAGGACAGUGUACGAGGCGCGACAAGGAAGGACCCUUUGCUUAAACAGGUAUCAGAGUACAUUAAGACCGGCUGGCGUGAAAAUUUUUAUUCAGAUGACUUAAAGCCCUAUGCUCGGAAGCGCACUGAGUUGUCUAUUGAAAAUAAGAUAUUAAUGUGGCAAGGUCGAAUAGUAAUACCGAACACCCUGAGAAAGGCCACCUUGGAAUAUCUGCAUACAGGACACCCAGGCAUAUCCGCAAUGAGAGCGCUAGCACGUUUUUACGUAUGGUGGCCGUCCAUUGAUGAUGACAUUGAGGAGUACAUUAAACGUUGUCGCAAAUGCCAAGAGAAUCGGCCGAACAACGCUGAAUUGCCGAUAUACUCGUGGUCCGUUCCUGACAACCCGUGGGAAAGGCUACACAUUGAUUUUGCAGGCCCGUUCGAGGGAAAAUAUUGGUUUGUCUUAGCAGAUGCGCUUUCGAAAUGGGUCGAAAUUAAACCCAUGAACCAGAUAACCACUUCUAAACUGUGUGAAGAGUUAGAUUCCAUUUUCACCACCUUCGGCUUCCCUCAAUUCUUGGUUUCUGACAAUGGACCACAGUUUACUUCUCAGGAAUUUCAAGACUAUUGUAGAGACAAGGGUAUUCUACACAUAAAAUCAUCCCCGUACCAUCCCCGGACUAACGGUUUGGCUGAACGUCUGGUUCGCAAUUUCAAAUCCAGGCUAUCAUCAAGUGCCAGUGACCAUCUCACCUUGAAAGGACGACUAGAAAAUUUCCUUUUUUCCUACCGCAUAACACCUCAUUCCACCACCGGUAAGAGCCCAGGACAACUUAUGUUCGGACGUCAGCUGCAUUGUAUUUUGGAUAACGCACGCCCUAACUCUAAAAAGGCCCUGCAGCAUAGGCAGAUACAGGCUAAUAUAAAUUCAGAAAAUUUAACACCAUGUUUUAGAUCGGGGGACAGCGUGUUUGUCCGAGCCCGGGAUGGGUCACGAUGGGAACCUGCUACCAUAUCCAGACGUACGCAUAGAUACUCGUACACCGUAGACACAGCCAAUGGGGUAGAAAGGAGAUAUCAUGCUGAUCAAGUGCGUUCCCGCUUAGCCGACCAUAUCAGUCCAGUUUCUACUGAUGGCUCUCAGGCCACACACGACCCGCAUCAUAUAAACACCAGUGAGGUGGAACCCCUUGCAAGUUCGUCAGGAACGCAGAACUCAGCUACCACCCCAAUGCGGCCAUGCGCUGCUACUACGCAUUCGCCACCUACCACGGUGUCCCUACAGCGAGAUCAAAGCGCCAUGAGCGCACCAUCAGGCGACCUCGGCGGCUUAUCGAGGAGAUGUUGUAAAUUGUAG